CCACAACCAUGCAGCCAAUUAGCUUUGCUUUUCGUCAACUCUUCUCUCUCUCAUUUAUCCUUUUAGUGCUUUCAUCUGCCAUAGCCCAAACCCCAACCCCUAACACCACCACAACCGCCACCAACACCACCACGACCACCACCAACGCCACCACAACCACCAUCACGAAAGGUCCCACCAUAACUAAACCGGGAUGCCCGCGUAAAUGCGGGAACCUAACCGUCCCGUACCCGUUCGGAGUCGGGCUAGGGUCUGGUUGCGCGAUAAACCCGAGCUUCGAGAUCAAUUGUAAUACAUCCUACGAUCCUCCGAGGCCUAUGAUAUGGAACAUCCAAGUCUACGAAAUCUCCGACGCGCAUCUUCGGGUCUCCAACAUUGUUGCUUUCAAAUGUUACACCCCCACGGGCGGCGUGCUCCAGGAGUUCACGCCGUGGGUCAGCCUCGGAACUUCAAGCCCGUACACCUUCUCGCCGCAAAACCGGUUCACCGUCGUCGGGUGCGACGACGGCGCCAUUUUGGCCGGUAAUAACCGUUUAACCGGUAAAACAUUCGCCAACGGCUGCCCGGUCGUGUGCACCAAACCGGAGGACGUGCGCGUGGGGAACUGUUUAGGCGCGUCUGGGUGCUGUCAGAUUCCGAUUCCGAAAGGGUUGAAGUCUUUUAACAUAAGCACUAUUAUUAGCCUCAACAACCAUACUAAGGUCUGGUCUUAUGAUCCCUGCGGCUACGCUUUCCUCGGCGAGGGGGACCGGUUUAAUUUCCGAGGAGUGGAUGACCUUAGAGACCUCAACUUUUCGCGACGGACUUUGGAUAGCGUUCCUAUCCUUCUUGACUGGGCUAUCGGUAAUCUUACCUGUGACGACGCGCGAAAGAGCGACGGCUAUGCGUGCAAGGAAAACAGUCACUGCGUCGAUGCCGAUAAUGAUUCUAGAGGGUACCUUUGUAGCUGUAACGAAGGUUAUGAAGGCAAUCCUUAUCUUAGCCAUGGCUGCCAAGAUAUUGAUGAGUGUGCAGAUCCAAAUAAGAAUGAUUGUGAGAAGAUAUGCACAAACACGGCAGGGAGCCAUAAAUGUUCUUGUCCAGAUGGGUACAGUGGUGAUGGGAAAAAAAAUGGAAGUGGAUGCAUUGCCCCUAAUAAUAAUUCAGAGUUUCCCUGGAUCAAGUUUUCUGUGGGAUUGGGAGCUGGCUUUUUGUCAUUGGUGAUUGGAGUAACAUGGCUAUACUUCUUUUUUAAGAAAAGAAAACUCAUUAAACUUCGGGAGAAAUUCUUUCAACAAAAUGGGGGUCUAAUCUUAAAACAACGAGUCACUACAACUGAGGGCGGUGUAGAAGCAACCAAAAUCUUCACAGCCGAGGAGCUGGAGAAAUCCACCAACAACUACGCGAGUGACCGGGAACUUGGCCGAGGAGGAAAUGGCAUUGUUUACAAAGGCAUCCUUCCAGAUAAACGCAUAGUUGCCAUAAAAAAAGCCAAGAACGUAGAUGAUACCAAAAUAGAAGAAUUCAUCAAUGAGGUUGUCAUCCUCACUCAAGUCAACCAUCGAAAUGUGGUCACACUCAUAGGUUGUUGUUUAGAGGAAAAAGUUCCUUUGUUGGUCUAUGAGUAUGUCUCCCAUGGAACACUCUCCGAGCACAUCCACAAUCAAGGCAGGUCGAGUUGGCUGUCAUGGGAAAAUCGUUUAAGAAUAGCGACAGAAACAGCUAAUGCACUUGCUUAUCUCCAUUCCUCAACAGCGAUGCCUAUAAUACAUCGAGAUGUAAAGUCUGCCAAUAUAUUACUCGACGAUUAUUACACCGCAAAGGUAGCAGAUUUUGGUGCUUCGAGACUAAUCCCUUUAGACCAAACCCACCUGGCUACCUUAGUCCAAGGAACGUUAGGAUAUUUGGAUCCUGAAUACUUCAGAACCAGUCAAUUGACUGAAAAAAGUGAUGUGUACAGUUUUGGAGUAGUUCUCAGUGAACUCUUGACUGGGUUGAAACCAAUAUCUAGUGAAAGAAAUGAGGAAGAUAAGAAUUUGGCAUCAUAUUUGGUAACCUCCAUGAACAAGAAUCAAUUGUUCAAGAUUUUGGAUCGUAGGGUUUUAAGGGAAGCAGCAUUGGAGCAAAUUCAAAAGGUUGCCGAGCUUGCAAAGAGAUGCCUCCACUUGAAUGGUGAAGAUAGGCCUACAAUGAAGGAAGUGUCAAUGGAACUCGAAGGGUUGAGGAAGCUUAAUAGACAAGCAUGGAAUAAUGGACAACAAGUGUUGCAUGAGGCAUUUGAUGGUCAAAUGAACGAUCAGGAUGAACCGUCCGACCUUUAUACAGUCCAGAUUAAUUCUUCUAUGUUCACUAGUGAGUAUUCUGGACAAUAUACCUCCAACAGUUCCAACAUGACAUCUCCUUUGAAUAGAAGCCAACAGUGAUAUGAUGCCUUAUUUACAACUUUGCAUGCAUGCUAGGCUUGAAACUAUUUUCAAUUCUCAUGUCAAAUGUUGUAACACAAAUUUUCCUUUUAAAAAAAUUGUUAUUGCUAAUUUUGUAGGGAUUAAUAAAAUGUUUUCAUUUUUGGUUGCU